AUGGCACGGAGAAACCUAGCCGAUUGUCCGCCGACAGACACCACUGAAGAAGAUGAGCGUCAACCUGAGACAUCUGGAGAUAAUGAUGCACGUUUCCAGGCCCAAGAAGAGAUUCUCCAUGGCGGAGAUAAGGGCCUUGCCAUUCCAAAAACCACCACACAGUCCACUGCUGCCGAAAAUUCGGUACAUCUGGAACAAACACUUCAACCCUAUGGUGAUGAGAUAAGCUCCAACGUGAGAUCAGCGAGUCAGGGGGAAGCUUCAGAUACCGAUGGAAAAUAUUCACCCGAGAAUACUGGGCUGGAAGUAUCCGCCGGCGUCGAAACUGCAAGUCAUUCAAACGGAAACGCAACCGGCGGGGGUCAGGAAUUGUCUCAACUAGGAGCUAUCAUCCUUGCCAAGAUCAGACAACGAUUCCUUUUUAUGUUACCAUCCAGGACCACCUAA